UUAAUUUCUUUACUCUCUCAUGAUAUCAAGCAACUAGAUAGAUUUUCAUCCACUCGAUUCCUUGCGAAUUACUGUUUGAGAGUUGAUAUAAAGAGUCAAACGAUAUCAUCUCUUUAACAAAUAAAGGAGUUUUAAGCUAGCUAGCUCCCCCAUUGUUCUUUGAUUGAGCAUGGAGAUGAUUGUUCAGCCUGUUGUCUCUUUGGUUGUGGAAAGGGUUGGUGAAUGGUUGGUGGGAAGAGCAAACCUCUCAACCCAAGUACGCUCCGAGGUGGAGGGAAUUCAAAGGAACCUAAGAUGGAUGACGAUCAUCUUAAGGAAUUCAAGUGCAAAGCAUAAACAAACGGGGGCAUGGCACAACUUUGUUGUGGAGAUUGAAGAUAUCGCUUAUGAUGCUGAAGAUGUAAUCGAAACUUUUAUCCUCACCGUACCAAUGAGGGAUAGAAGAAGAAGAGGUAUUAUCCAUUUCUUUCUAAAAAAAGGUGCUUGCAUUUAUAAAGAGUCUGUAGAGCAUCACAAUGUUGUGUCAGAGAUCAAGGAUGUUAGGAUCAGGAUUUCUGAACUUUUCACAAUUUUACAAGCUUAUGGCAUGAUAAGACCCAUGGUGGAAGGAGAAGAGUCAUCAAGUUCCGCACAAGAAAGGGCACGUCUUAUCAGACGGACUUAUUCCCAUGUGGUUGAAGAGGAUUUCAUAGAUAUGGAGAAUGAUGUGAAGAAAUUGGUGGGACAUCUGGUGAAUGAAGACACAGAUAAUUAUCAAACGGUUUGCAUAUGUGGUAUGGGUGGUUUGGGCAAGACCACUCUUGCUCAAAAAGUCUACAACCACAAAGAUGUGAAGCGUCACUUUGAUUAUCUUGUUUGGGCUUGUAUAUCUCAGCAACCCCAGAAACAAGAUGUUUUGCAAGGGAUCCUUAUUAAACUUGAGAAGAAGGAGAAGGAGAUUCGCCAUAUGAGAGAUGAGGAGCUAACCAGGCUACUCCGUCAAGUCCAACUUGAUAAAAGAUGCUUAAUAGUUCUUGAUGACAUUUGGGAACAGGGGGAUUGGGACAUCUUGAAAUUUGCAUUUCCCAUUGGAGAAGCGACACGCAGCAAACUAUUACUCACCACCCGGAAUAAACAAUUGGCUUCAUAUGUGAAUCCACGUGGAUUCCUCCAUGAACCACGACUAUUGAAUGAAGGUGAAGCUUGGGAACUGCUUCAAAAGAAAGCAUUUAAAAGAGCACACGGUUCAUCAGACAAUAGACCUGACAAAAAGAUUGAAGAGUUGGGGAUCAAAAUGGUUAGACAUUGUGGAGGUCUACCAUUAGCUGUUGUUGUGCUUGGAGGUAUUUUGGUAACCAAACAUACAGAGGAGGAGUGGGAGAAGGUGCAUAGGAAUAUUAAUUCACACAUAAGUAAGGGCACAAGUACUGUGCGGCAAGAAGAUGGAGGAGUAUCACAAGUGUUGGGUUUAAGUUACGAUGACUUACCAUUUCAGUUGAAGCGAUGCUUUCUCUAUUUAGGCAGCUUUCCCGAGGACUCUCAGAUAGAAUUAGAGAAAUUAUAUCAACUGUGGAUAGCCGAAGACUUGAUAUUGUCAGGUGAUAUAGAAGGAGAAGACACAAUGAUGGACGUUGCAGAGCGUUACUUAAGUGAAUUGGCACAAAGGUACAUGGUUCACUUGGGAGUAGAGUCGUCCAUAGUGAGAGAUGGCAUUUAUGGAAGUUUAAAAUAUUGCAGGCUUCACGACAUGAUGCGAGAAUUAAGCAAGUCAAGAAGUAAAGGAGAAAAUUUUUUCAAUGUGAUUGAUUCUGAGAAAAUUUCAUCAUCAUCAUCAUCAUCAUCAUCAUCAUCAAAUGCUAAAGUACGUAGAGUUGCCAUCCAUAGGCAUUUGGGGAAGGAGAAGGAUUAUGGUGAUUGGCUUUCAACUCAGUACUACCUUCGUUCGUUGCUUUUAUUCGGGAUAAUAAAUUCAUGCCAUUGGAAAGACUUGAAGGUGUUGAGAGUUGUUCAUCUUGAAGUGAGACUUCGAAAGUUACCAAAGGCAAUUGGAAAGUUAAUCCAUUUGAGAUAUUUGAGUUUAAAAGGUUGUGAAAGACUCAAAUCGUUGCCAUCGUCUAUAGGCAACUUGAGAUGCUUGCAAACCCUAGAUUUAAGGAAUAAUGGUUAUUAUUACAUGAGAAUACCAAAUGUAUUAUGGAAGAUAAAAAGCUUGACACAUCUGUAUCUUUGUGAAUUAAUAAAAAGACAAGGAAAAAAGAUGAGAUUGUCAGGGUUGGGCAAGCUGGAGAUCCUGGAAAAUUUCGAUUCAAGUAGUUGUGAUGUUAAAGACCUAUCCAACCUUAAAAAUCUUAGGAAACUGACAGCACGUUUUUAUGGUGACGACGUGGUGGUGGCCGACUUCGUCAACCUCAGUCGGCUACGGCACUCAUCAUUGGAAUUAAAUGGUGUUAUCCGAGGUGGUAAGUUACCUGCAGUACACCACUUCUCUCCAAGCCUCACCGCAUUGUCUCUAAGUAAUUCAAAACUCAAGGAGGAUCCAAUGCUAACACUGGGGAAACUGCCCAACUUAACACACCUCUCCUUGUCGCUUGAUGCCUUUGAGGGAGUGGAAAUGGUUUGCUCUGAGGAGGGUUUCCCUCAACUCAAAUUUCUACGACUUUUCCGUUUAUACAACUUGGAGGAGUGGAGGGUGGAUGAAGGAGCCAUGCCCAAUCUUUUUAAAUUACAAAUUAUUAAUUGCCCGAGAUUGAAGAAGGUUCCAGAUGGAUUGAAAUUCAUAUCUACCCUUCAGGAAUUGAAUAUAAAGUCCAUGCCAUAUGAAUUUGUUAGAAGACUUGGAGGGGUAGAUGGAGAAGAAGGAGAAGAUCAAUACAAAAUCCAACACGUCCCUAACAUCCUAUACAAGAACAUUCACAACUAAAAUGAGAGCAGCUUCUGCUUACUGGGGAGAUGAUGGGAUUGCCCAAGUUUGAUGAGGGGUGGAUUCAAUAUACUCAAAGUGUGACUGCAUAAUUAAAGCUUGCCAGGUGUUCGAUGAAAUGCUUAAAGGAAUUUGAUGAUUGUAGGGUACUCGCAUAUUGGUUUGCUUAGAGAAGCUUGUGGUUUGUUUUAUCAUAUGAUAAAUGAUUGUUAUGAUUGGAAAUUGUUUGUUAAUACUUUUUACUCUUGCUGGUGUUCUUAAAAUUUGUGUUGCUUUGGGUUUUUCUAAAAUUGCAGAAUAAUGUACGUUUGUUUAAAUUUACUUUUGAUUAUGAUAUAUUUGUUGUCGGGUCUGCAA